CGCGAGCAGCUAUUGAAGGGACUGCUAGCAAACGUGGAUCAUGAGCGAUCUGGAAUCCGCGAGGCCGUGGAACGUGUGACGCAGACCUUCAGCGGCCGACUGCAAAAGGCGAUGCGAGGCCACACCGGCCGUAUCAUGUCUGUUUCCCUCUCCAGAGACGGUUCCCGCGUUGCCUCGGGUUCCGGGGAUAGAUCGAUUCGAAUAUGGGACCUCGCUUCAGGACAAGAAAGCGGGGAGCCGCUGACAGGGCACACGGACGCUGUUGCUUCCGUAUCUUUUUCUUAUGAGGAUCCCGGAAAUCGCCUUGCCUCCUCCUCGCGCGAUGAGACCGUGAGGCUCUGGGACACGAGCACACGUCAGCAGAUCGGAGAGCCACUUCGAGGUCACACGAGAGUGGUUUGGUGCGUCGCCUUCUCCCCCAACGGCAAGCUCGUUGUCUCGGGCUCGAACGACAACACCCUCCGGCGUUGGGAUGCGCGGACGGGGCAAGCCAUCGGUGAACCUUUGCGAGGCCACGCCGAUUGGGUCCAGGACGUUGCGUUCUCGCCAGACGGGAAAUACAUCGUUUCCGGAUCCGACGACAAGACGGUCCGAGUCUGGGAGGCCGAGACGGGCAAGGAGGUCGGGGAACCGUUGCGGGGGCACGACGCUCCCGUCUACGCCGUCGCGUACUCCUUCGACGGGGCCUACUUCGCCUCGGGAUCCGGGGACAACACGAUCCGGGUCUGGGACGCUCGGACGAGGAAAAUGGCGCUGGACCCCUUUCGAGGUGACAAGAACGACGUGAACUGCCUGGCGUUCUCGCCGAACGGCAAAUAUCUCGCUUCUGGCUCUAACGACGGCACCGUCCGGAUAUGGGACACGCGGCAAGCAGGGAGAACCGUGAUGGAGCCGUUGGAAGCGGACCCCAACUCGGUCAACUGCAUCGUAUUCUUGUCCGACAGCAAGCGCGUCGUCUCGGGCGGCUGGGAUAACGUGGUGAAGAUUUGGGACGUGGAGAUUGAUUGAUCCGACCUGGCAUGCCAUGUCGAAUGAGAAGCGGAGGGGAAGUUUUGAGGGUUCGGGUUUGCAUCUGCAUUCAACUCUGUGUGCGCGCGA